CACUACCAGCAAUAACAGUAUUUUCUGCAGUGAUAAGAUUCUUGAAGAAUAAAAUGAUGGAGGAAAUUCUCACAAAAAAUCUUAACAUCCAUGAAUAUGGAUUGCGCUGGGUCAUUACCGUACCCGCAAUAUGGACAGAUUCUUCAAAAUCAUUUAUGCGUCGCUGUGCCAUUAAGGCCGGAAUUGCUAAAGAUCGGCUUACAAUAGCACUUGAACCAGAAGCUGCUGCAAUUUACACAAACUUUUCUUCCAUUAAACGCGACCUUGCUUCUAGUUCUAUUUCAUGUGGAAAAGGUUUGAAAUAUCUCGUCUGUGAUGCUGGGGGUGGAACAGUUGACAUUACUGUGCAUGAAUUGAUUGAUACUGAAGGACAUGUGCGAGAACUUUACAAAGCUUCGGGUGGCGAUUGGGGAGGAACAAAGGUUGAUGAUGAGGUCAACAAAUUCUAUGAAAAAGUUUUAGGAAAAAAUGUAAUGGAAAAAUUCAAAAAAGAACAUCUGGAGGGUGCUCUGGAGAUGGCUAGGGAUUUUGAGACCAAAAAAAGGGCUUUCAAUCCUCAAUCAGAUAUAAAUGUACAACUAAAAUUACCAAACUCUCUGAAGAAAAUCUACAAGAAACUAAACGAAGAUAGAGUUUUAAGUGAGGAUAUAUUAAAGAACAAUGUGAUAAAAGAUGAUGUUAAAAUUAUUCGGGACAAAUUGAUCGUUUCCGUCAAAGUUUUUAAAUCUUUCUUUACUCCCUCUCUUUCAAGAAUAUGCAAUCAUAUAAAACAGAUUCUUGAGCACCCAAAUGCUAACGGUGUUAACCUGAUUUUGCUGGUAGGAGGCUACGCAGAGUCAGAUAUACUGAGAAGCAUAGUAAAAGAAAGUUUUCCAGCCCAAAAAAUCAAAAUACCAAAAGAGCCUGGACUUUCAGUUUUAAAAGGAGCCGUUCUUUUUGGACAUGAACCAGAGUUAAUUAAGGAGAGAAAGGCAAAAUAUACGUAUGGAAUAGAAUGUUCAACAGUAUUUUGCGAAGGAAAACAUCGCGAGGAUUAUAAAAAAGUGGAUGAUGGAGUGGUAUAUUGUGCGAGGGUUUUUGAUAGACAUGUAAAAAUUGGAUCAUCACUCCCCGUCGGAAAGUACCAGUCAACUCGGACUUAUAGUAAGCGAGCAAAGGCCCUGGCACAGAAUAUGUAUGUAUACGCUAGUUCUCAGGAAAAUCCAAAAUAUGUUACCGAUGAAGGUUGUUUCCUUUUAGGAAGUACAAAAUUAGAAUUUGAAGGAGGCAAGACCAUGGGCGCAAGUGUGAUAGAGGCACAAAUGUCGUUUAGUGGGACUGAGAUAGAGGUGACAUUGACUUGUAAAACUACGGGAAGAGUCACCAAAGUGUAUCUUGAAAAUAAAUGAUUCGUAAAACAAUGUCAUGAAUUAAAGGGCUUCAAUGGACGUCAGAAAAACAAUUCAUGAUCCUACUACAUGUACAUGUAUGAACGUUCCGCUAAUGAAAACCAAGCAGUGCACAUUACUCUGGCAUUUGUAGUAUAGAAAUGUUUUUUCUUUUAUCUCGCCUCAGUCAAACUUUAAAAUAUGUUUUUGAUUUUAAUAAUCUUUUCAGCUUUGCUUUUGACAUGUUUGAUCUUAGCUACUAAUUAUGAGAUUGCCAAUUAUUUUUUUGUGAGUUGUUUCAGAUGAUGACCGUAGAAAAGGGACGCAUUUGAAAGGAUUCGACAGGAAUAAU